CGGACCGCACACAGCAGUUAGAAUACCUUGGAAGGGACAUUGGCGAAUUAUUCAAGCGAACAGGUUCAAUAGAAGACUUACACCGUGCGAUUGAAAUCGUAGCCGAAGCAGCAGACACCACGCCUCGAGACCAUCCCGAUCAUUGCUCACGGUCCUAUAACCUUGCGGUAUUUGAAUCGCGCCGACUUGCAAAGCCUACUGGCUGACCUUUCCGGUUUAUCAUCAACCGCUGUUGCUAUUUCCCUUAACGCCGAAGAGGAGCCUCAAGAAUCCUUACGCAUUCUUGAACUUAGUCGUAGUGUUAUCGCAAGCCUCUUAAUGGAUAUGCGUCAAAUGGAUAUGCGUCAAAACAUUUCUAAUUUAAAACUGAGACAUCCUGAUUUAGCAGAUAAGUUUACGCUGCUUCGGGAUGAGCUUGAUACGCCUACCCAAACCCCCCUCCCCUUCUCGCUAAUGAGUGAUUUAUCCUCUUGGGAAUCCAAGUCAAAACGAAGGCGUGAAGCGACCCGAGAGUUUGACGAAGUUGUUCAGAUAAUUGGUACUCAGCCCGGAUUCCAUAAUUUUCUUCAACAAUUAUCUGCAAAGGACUUAAUUGCUGCUGCAGGCCUUGGCCCUAUUAUUAUAAUUAAUAUAAAUCCCGAUCUGGAUAUUAAGCGAUCCGACGCGUUCCUGAUCAACAGGCAAUGGCAUUCAAACAAUAAAAUUGCCAGGGUUAACAUAUUAUCAAAUUACAAAAAGAACCCAAAAUAUGGGACCCUCCUCUGAUCUAACCUCUUUAUUAGAAUGGCUCUGGCAUACUAUUUACCGUCCAUGCCUAAAUGCACUCGGCUUUAAAGGACCAAUUGUCGACAACAAAUGGCCUCAUAUUUGGUGGAUUGCCACUAGCACCCUUAGUCAACUACCAUUUCACGCGGCUGGCAUAUACACAAAUACUUCCAAAGAAACUAUUUUAAAUAAGGUUAUAUCAUCAUAUGCAUCAUCAAUCAGAGAAUUAAUACACACCCGUCAACUAUAUUCCCAAAAAACAGUCAAAGAUUGCCAAACCGACUCUGCUCUUUUAGUUACAAUGCAAAACACUCCGGGACUCUCUACGACUGGAGAUCUUCCGUAUGCUGGCAAAGAAAUAGACAUACUAAGCAAGCUCUGUCCAUCACUUCAGCUCAAUGCAAUCACACCACGGCGAUCCAAAAGCGAGGUUCUAAAGCAUUUACAUAGACGCAAGUUAUUUCAUUUUGCGGGUCACGGCAGGUCAGAUCUAGAGGAUCCCUCGAACAGCUUUCUAUACCUUGAAGAUUGGGAGCACGGCCCCCUCACCGUAGAGAACCUCCGCGAAAGUCGCCUGCACGAAAACCCACCCUUUCUUGCAUAUCUCUCUGCUUGUUCAACGGGCACCAACAAGGUGGAGUCAUUAUCUGACGAAGGGAUCCAUCUUGUCAGCGCUUUCCAGCUAGCUGGGUUUCGGCACGUUAUUGGAACGCUUUAGGAGGUAUCAGAUAGACACUGCGCUGAUAUAGCAAGUGUGCUUUACGAAACGCUACGAAAUGAAGGCAUGACGGAUAUCGCAGUUAGUUGAGGACUCCAUUUCGCGAUUAAAGCACUCAGGGAUAAACAGAUAGGGAAAGGUAAAGAGACAAGAGAUGCCAAGGUACUUAACUUAGGGGCACCGGCAGCGCGGAGUGUGAUGGAUUAUUUCUGGGUUCCAUAUGUGCAUCUUGGUACUUGAUGCGAUAUUUGAUCUGAUUGAGGCCUAAGUAUUGGGUUGUGAUUUGCGUUAGAGAUGGAUUUUCAUACGAAUAGGUACAUAAUUGAUUGAUAGAUAUAUUUCACGGUUCUAUUUCAAGGGCGGCUAGUAGAAAGACAAUUUAAAUCCUUAUACACUUGGCUUUUACUAUACUAUAAGGGUUAUUAAGACACUUCGGGCUGCGUAUCACGAUAUAGACCUGGAAGAUGUGUUAUUCUACAAGGAACUCGGAACCUAAAGGUUAGGUACCUACCUAGACAAUAGAGAUACGGCGUUAGCGACGCAUAUAUACAACAAGAAAGUAAACGAUUUCGUAGUAUAACUAAAGGUUAAAUAUAGGGGUUAU